CGCAUAUAUGCACAUAGGCAAAUGUCACUUAACCCUGGCAGCACGGUGGCAUAGUGGUAGAGUGGCUGCCGAAAGGGCCUGUUCCACUUAGGCCACUCUUUAGGCGACUGCCAGGGACUAGCGUUAAUGGAAUUCACCUCCGACACCUGGUGUCAACCUACGACAGCGAAAAUUGUGGCCACUGUUGCCAAAAUUAUUUUCAACAGGCCCAUUACAGUGCCAGAGACCCAGGUUCGAUCCUGACUACGGGUGCUGUCUGUACGGAGUUUGUGCGUUCUCCACACCGACCCGUGCAGUGGUUCUACAUUAUCCAACGUUCGCAUCCUACACUCGACACAAACAUCUAGAAUUGCAUAAUUAUAUAAUUGUGUGUUUAUGUAAUAGAAUGUUUAGGAUGGGCACGUGGAAAUGCAGGGAGUGGAUUGUGUGUAGGCAGAUAUAUGUUGGGCCUGGCUUCAGAUGAUGCGGGCCGAAGGGCCUGUUGCUGUGCUGUACUGUUAUAGAGCCAUAGGGUCAUACAGCGUGGAAACGGGCCCUUUGCCCCAAUCUGCCCACACCGACAAAUCUGCCCCACCCACGCUAGUCCCACCUGCCUGCGCUUGGCCCAUAUCCCUCCAAACCGUUCCUGUCCAACCUCCUCUUAAAUGUUAUCAUACCAUCUGCCCCAACCGCCUCCUCUGGCAGCUCAUUCCAUGCACUCGCCACCCUUUGUGUGAAAAGGUUACCCUGAAGGUUCCUAUUAAAUCUUCCUCCCCACCCCUUUUAAACCUAUGUCCUCUAUUUCUGGAUUCCACUACCCUGGGCAAGAGACUGUGUGCAUUUACCCAAUCUAUUCCUCUCGUGAUUUUGUACAGCUCGAUCAGAUCACCCUCUCAUCUUCCUGCGCUCCAAGGAAUAAAGUCCUCGUUUGUUCAACCUCUCCCUUUUCUAACUGUGGCAACAUGUUUGCUUUCUAGUUCCAUUGGUAGUUCACCUUCCAGCCGAUGCUGAUGAAAGACACAAUGUUUCCAUUUUAACAAUUCGAUAAACUGGAUUCUUGAACAAAAAGCUGCAAGUUAAUUCCAGUUGUUCAACGAAGACACAAAACACAGGUUUCAGCUGUGUAUUUGAUCUGACACUAAAUAUAACUGCGGGGAUUAAACAAAUGACCAGGCACUUAAUCACUUGCUAGGUUGAACAAAAUACCGGCUGCGGAAAUCAGUUAAGGACAGCGAACGCAAAGACUGGUGAUUGUGCCCGCACAAAAUGUACUGGUGAUUAGGUGAUUAGUUAGAACGAGAGUAGAUAGAGUAUCAUCCUCUUUUGAUUCACUGAUUAUUUUUUUUUCCUUUAAGUGUCCGAAAAUUAUCAGAAUAGAGAGGGUUCCUGUUAAUUGUUUAGUUUAUAGUUUAUUGUCAAUAUUUGUACCGAGGUACAGUGAAAAGCUUUUGUAAUGUGCUAACCAGUCAGCGGAAAGACAAUACGUGAUUACAGCCGAUCCAUUUACAGUGUACAGAUACAUGAUAAGGGAAUAACGUUUAGUGCAAGGUAAAGCUAGCAAAGUCCGAUCAAGGAUAGUCCAAAGAGGUAGAUAGUAGUUCGGGAGGGCUCCCUGGUUGUGGUAGGAUGGUUCAGUUGCCUGAUAACAGCUGGGAAGAAACUGUCCCUGAAUCUGGAGGUGUGCGUUUCCACACUUCUGUAUCGUUUGCCUAAUGGGAGAGGGGAGAAGAGGGAGUGGCCAGGGUGCUGAAGUAAAACACUGAUAAACGGGGGUAAAGAAGUUACUCGCAUGUUGCCAAAACAAUUAGUCUCAUAUAAUUUGCCACCCAAGCCGGCCCUUGCUCUCUACUGCCCAGUGCUGUGGGACCUUUUGCAGAAAUUAUCAAUGAGAGACAGAGGUAAGAAUUUUAAACAUUUGUGUGCGACGGGUAAACAAAUAGAAACUUGUGGCGGAAGGAGUUUUCCUGAACUUUUCAGUGGUCGGGCGAACGGAACGAUUUUGUGCGUAAAAGUACGCGUGAGUCCAGCAAAUGUUUGAAGAGAAAAAAUAGAUGUAAGUAAGAAUAUUUUUAAAUAUGAUGUUUUAAAUUUGGGUAUCCACAUCUCGAAGACAACACACCAUUUCCCCAUUUGCAAUAUUAAUUUAGAGUUAGCUGGAAAGUAUGAAUUAUUUUUUUGUUCUUUAAUUUGUUUAUUACUGUGAUUCACUUGAAUUAUUGUUCAUGUUGUGCACUUUUAAAUAGAUUAAAUGUAUAAGUGUAGAAAAUAGACAUCAAAGUAAAUAGAUUAAACAAAUGGGUGUAGAGAACAGACGUCAAAGUAAAAUAUAAAUAUCAUCAAGAUGUUCGGGUGGUAAUGUUAAUAUAUUUUCAUCUUAAAUUUAAGAUUUUUUUGCUAAUUUCAUCUCAAUGCAGCGUCUGCUGUUGAAGCCUGUGCUGGCAUUUUAAUACAGGAUAAGACUUUUACCAAGAUUUUGUUUGGCUCUAAAGCAUAUUUAUGCCUGUAUUUCCAGCUCUUUAAAGAAAUUCACUGGAAAUCCACUCGCCUAAAGCCUCUGUCACCGUCCAGAUGCAUGUCACUGUGGAUAUGGACAAGAUAAGGAGACACAAGGAAGAGUUUUUCAAGGCAGCUCACUUGAAUGACACUAACAGCAUGAAAGCCUUAUUGAUGAGUGAAGAUUUUGACCUUUGCAUUCGAGGAGAUUUAGAAGAAACAAUCCUACACACAGCACUGUUCAAUGGCAAUAAAGAAAUAGCAGAAUUCAUUCUGGAUCGGAUACCAGCAUUGAUUGAUGAACCAAUGACGUCUGAUCAGUACCGAGGUGAAACUCCGAUGCACAUUGCUGUUUUGAAACAAGAUAUGGAAAUGGUGAAGGAACUGUUGAAUCGAGGAGCGGACGUGAUCACCUCACGGGCCACCGGCUCCUGCUUUGUCCCAGGAGAAGACUGCCAGUGUUACUAUGGUGAAUUUGUGUUGUCCUUUGCUGCAUGCAUUGGCAAUGAAGAGAUUGUUAGAACUCUUAUUAAGCACAAUGCACCAUUAGAUGCACGGGAUUCCUUGGGCAAUACAGUUCUCCAUUUGCUGGUUCUACAAGUGGAAGCAAGCCACAUAUUUUCUAUGUACGAACUCAUUAUGUCCUUGGUGACUGAGAAGCAACAGCCAAGCCUCGACUGCAUCACAAACAACGAUGGCUACACUCCACUCAAGCUCGCAGUCGCUGAGGGACAUAUGGAGAUGUUCAACUAUUUGGUUGAAAAACAGAAGAAACCGUACUGGCGCAUGGGAACAAUUUCUUACUGUACUUAUGACCUCACGAGCAUUGAUACCUGGGAAGAUCAAAAAUCAGUUCUGGACAUCAUAACCAAAAGCAGGGACACCAAGGUUCACAAAUUCAUCGAAACCAAACCAGUGAAGGAGCUGGUGCAACAGAAAUGGAUUUCAUUUGCGAACAAGUAUUUCUUCAUGUGGAUGGUUUCCUAUACUCUGUACAUCACGGUAUUCACCGUCGCAAGCUUGCACCGACCACUGAAACCAGUUCCUCUCGGACUGUUUGGCGAACAUGUUAUUAAAAUCCAGAAGACUUUAGUGGAAUCCUAUCAAACAAAGGAAGACUACCUGAGACUUCUGGGUGAACUUGUAACUGUUGUCGGGGCUUUGAUAAUACUCAUCAGUGAGCUGAUGUAUUUAUCCAAGAUAGGACUGAAAAAUUACUUGGCGAACACAUCCAAUGGAGGUCCUUAUCCAUUAUUAUUGAUCUGCUACUCACUCCUGAUUAUCGCGACAGUUGUCAUGAGACUCCUUUCUGAAGAUGAGGAAGCUUUUCCGAUGUCCUUUGCUCUGAUCAUUGGAUGGUGCAACACAAUCUAUUUUGCCAGAGGCUUUAGAACACUUGGGAAAUUUUCCAUUUUGAUUCAAAAGAUAUUAUUUGGAGAUCUUAUGCAUUGGGGUUGUCUGGUGUUCAUCUGCAUCAUUGGAUUCACCUUCGCUUUUUACAUUCUGUUUCUCACUCUGGAUUUGGCCGAUUAUCCUUAUUUUAGAAACUUUUCAAUGACGCUGCGUACUACAUUUGAACUGAUGAUGGGAUUAUUGGAUAUCCCUCUUCCUUACGAUAAGCCAACACCAAGCAAUGUCUUCAUCAUCUAUAUCCUGUACAUGCUCUUUGUCUAUCUUCUGCUGUUAAAUUUGCUGAUAGCCAUGAUGGAUGACUCGUACUGGAGAAUAAUCCCAGAGGCCGAGCUACUGUGGAAAGUCCAGUUUGCAGCCGUUAUCCUGCUUCUGGAGCAGCGAGUGCCGGCAUUUCUGAAGGUCCGCUCCGGAAUUCCAGGAUCAUCGCUGGGCUUCGACAAUGACAAGUGGUAUAUCGGGGUUGAGGAGAUUCUCCCGGAGACUGGAGAAGAGACCAGCGCGCCAACCCAGAAAUGCUACAAUAUCAAAUGGGAUCGAGUCCGAAAAAACCUUGGCAAAAUCAUAAACCUGAAAGAAUCUGCUGAAUCUACGAGACUGUAGGAAACGCGGUCCAUGGCAUCUGUUGAGUUAUGUCUUUUCUUUAAAAUCGCUAAGUCUGUGUUAGUUAUUUUAAAUGAAUAGCGAGGUUAAAAAAAAAUCAACAAUUACAGUACUGCGUUAUUGGUGAUAUUUAUUUAGACGAUGGGACUUGGACCUCUCAACCAUUUCCACUUUGGCACCAUUGCUGCCGAUUCCUUGAACAAUUUUCUGUGGGAAGGAACUGCAGAUGCUGGUUUCAACCGAAGAUAGACACAAAACGCUGGAGUGACAGGCAGCAUCUCCGGAGAAAAGGAAUGGGUCGAGACCUUUCUUCAGACUCCGAGUCCAGACUCUCGACCAUAAACCUCACCCAUUCCUUCUCUCCAGAGAUGCUGCCUGUCCCGCUGGAGUGACUCCAGCAUUUUGUGUCUAUCUUCGCCUUACACAAUCUUAUUUGAACCAUUUUAAUGUUUGAUGGAGGCACAAGAGACGGCAAAUGCUGGAAUCUGGAGCGAUAAACAAACUCUGGAGGAAGUCAGCGAGCCGUGCGGCAGUAGUGAUGACAAGGGGGUGGCUGACAGUUCGGGUCGAGACCGUGCAUCAGUCCCAAUGCUGGGUCUCGAUCCAAAAUGCCAGCCUUCCAUCUCCCUCCACAGAGGCUGCUGUCCACUGGGGUCCUUCUGCUUAAAAUGUCGUGGACUAGGCUUGGUUUGCCGAGAAUAUCAAUCUUUGCCCAUCCCUUUGUGUUGGGCCUGGAGGUUUCUAUAUCUCUAUACAAUCAGGUCUAUAGACUGAAAGUGGCAAUUUACUGUUGUUUGCUCAUAAUUAAUUUUAUUUUAUUAAAAUAUAUUUGGACAGGUACAUGGACAGGACGGGUUUAGAGGGAUAUGGGCCAAAGAGCAGCUGAUGUUUCUUUGCAUCAAUCCAGAUGUGAAUCCGGGGGUGGCACAUUUGCACAGCUGGUAGAUGGUGUAGCUUGGUCGGCAUGGAACAAGUUGGGCUGAAGGGCCUGUUUCCGUGCUGUGUGACCCUAUGAACAUAUCUGUCUAUUUGUUGCAGUAACUUCCACAAAAUACAAAGCAGCUGAUGGCUAAUAGGAAAAUACACAAUAGACUCUUCUCCACAAUCGACCAAGUUCAACUCCUUUGUCUGCAUAAUUCAUGUUCAUAUGUUCUAGGAGCAGAAUUAGGCCAUUCGGCCCAUCAAGUCAACUGCGCCAUUCAAUCAUGGCUGAUCUAUUUCUUCCUUUCAACACUGUUCUCCUGCCUUCUCCCCAUAAUCCCUGACACCCGUACUAAUCAAGAAUUACCACGUGCUCUGGUUAGUUUUUACUAGUGUUUGAUAAGCCACCAGUUAUCUAAGUCUAACCCUGAUAUCCAACGAAGGUCUUGAUUUUCUUUCUUUAAUGAAAAGAUUCCAAAAUUUCCUUCGUUGUUUUUGCAACCAACAAUUAAAAUGUUAGCUACCUGUAAUUUUUCAUUUGUAAUGUUGAGUUCAAUGUUUAUUUAACUGAAACCUGAUUUAAAUUUGUUGGUCGACAUGGCCUUGAUGUGCUGAGUGCCUGUUUCCACGUUGUAUCGCUACAAGAAAUAUAAAUAGCAUAAAUAGAGAAAAAUGCACCAUUAUUGACCAUUAAACACCAUUUAUUUUACCCUCCAUGGCCUAACCAGGGUUUAUCCACAAGAUAUGGUAUUAUUCAUACUUUCAAAUAAUAAUGUUUUAAUGUGGCAGGGUACAUCACCAAUAAUUCAGAACAAGUCAUUUUGUUUCAGUUAAUCAGCACUUUAUUUCUCUACAGUUUCCAAACACAUCUCAUGAUGUGGUAUUAUGAUUAUUUGUGACGUUUGACUAUUUUAUAUAUUCCUGCUUUGUAGAGAACGGACCGGACAAUACUGAAGAAAAAUGUUUCUGAAACUCUAUGUAUGUAAAUAAUUUGCAUUGCCAUCUCUGCAGUGCUUAACUUGAUGAAUCAACACUAUCACAGUGGUGCAGCGGUAGAGUUGCUGCCUCACAGUGUCAGAGCCUUGGGUUCAAUCCUGACUACAGGUGCUUUCUGCACGGACUUUGUACGUUCUCCCCGUGACCCGUGUGGGUUUUCUCAGGGAACUCCAGUUUCUUCCCACACUCCAAAGGCGUACAGGUUUGUAGGUUAAUUGGCUUGGUAAAAUUGUAAAUUGAACCUAGUGUGUGUGUGUGUGUGUGUAGGAUAGUGUUAGUGUGCGUGGUAUCGCUGGUCGAUGCGGUUCGGGUGGGCCGAAGGGCAUGUUUCCGCACUGUAUCUCUAAACCAACCUAAACCAUCUAUAACAUCACCCACAUGUUUCUUUGCAUCAAUCCAGAUGUGAAUCUGGGGGGUGGCACAUUUGCACAGCAGGUAGGGCUGCUGCCUUAACAGUUCCAGUCACCUGGGAUUCAUUCCUGACCUCGGGUGCUGUUUGUUUGGAGUUUGCACGUUCUCCCCGUGACCA